UCAACACGACAGAUUGUUGGCCCCGGAGCAAAAACUAUUGAAAAACUGCGGUCCAGAGAUUGAACGCAAGACAAUCGCUCUGCAGACGAGUCAGUUUCUUCGCAACGAAAAAGUGACAAGACCGGUGAACGGAGGACAGGGUGCUGGAAACACCGAAUACGAACCUGAUCCAUCUUAAGCGCGGUGGUCCGCCGCGCUGGUGGGCCUAGCAGACGACAUGUUGGCUGUGGGGAGCACCUCGUCUCGGAUGUUUCGGUCGCGAAUUUCCUCCGGAAUUGUUGAGUGAGGAGAGCGAGCGGACGUGGUGAAAGCUAGGUGUGCAAGGAGACAGAGAGAGAGAGAGAGAGAGUGAGAAAGCAGGACCACUCAAGGGUGUGUGCGAGAGAGGGCACACGGUUGGGUUCCCCGAAUGGUGGUUGUGCUGUGGUUCUCGUCGACGAGAAGCUCGUGGAGAGGGGUAGAGAGAGACCAGCGAGCGGCGGGGAGGGGGAACCCGGACGAGCCCUCGAAAAAUCGAGGAAUCGAGGAACGAAAAUCAGAGAAAGAAGAAAAAUUACGGACGGGAUCGUAAGGAUUCCCCUGGCUGUUCGGAGCUUCGUGAACGAGGAGGGUACUGUGUGUGGUACAGGAAUUGGCAGAGAUCGGAAGUGUCAUAGAAAAGCGACGGGAAAAACUGGUCGGUUUUGCACACCAUUGUCUUCCCUGUCUACGGGAGCUGUUCGGUUCCGUGAGUUUCACCGAUUUGCGCCAAUAACAACGAGCUAAGCAGCGCACCGGACUCGUGCUAUUUUAAUUUCUCGUUGUUCUGCCCGAAAGGUAGGGGGUUGGGAGGCGAGGCGAGGCCGAGCUGUCGCGUACACGCGUCGCGCUAGUCCCUUCCUCCUGAAACGAUUUCGCGUGUGUCUCGUGUUGGCGGGCCAUCACAGGAGGCGCAUCGGACGACAGUGCACGUCAACCUAUUAUCCCAGUCCCGGUCUCGCUCCCACUCUUUCGAGUCGUGAUCGUCGUGUCUCGUGCGUACUCCCUCUAUCGCAACCUGCCGCGAGUGUCUGGCGGCCGGUUCUCGCCCAAUGUUAAACGGAAGAUUCGGAAGCGGUUCCAGUCGUCCAACAACACGUCAAUUGGUAUUUCCCCUGAUCAUCUGGCAGCGAUUUAUUCGUACUUGAGUUCGCUACGUAAUUUAUCCGUAUUCUCCUUCGCGACGUCGAUCAAUUUGUCAUUCUUGAUCAAGUGUCACCGUGCAACUGUAAACGUCAGCGGAGGUAAUACUAACGUCAGGUAGAGGGAGAGAGAGAGAGAGAGAGAGAAAAAGAAAGAAAGAAUCAUCUUAUCGGUAUCUCUGUACCUCGUACUUUAACACGGUACAGCACGAAGUCAACGUUGGACCAGCAGCACCGUCGCGACACACAGUGCGUGCAGCUAUGGUUUCGCGGGUAGUGAAAGAAGCCGUGAAGUGAACGUGUGAGGUGCGAGUACUCUCGACCGGAGGAUACACGCGUACGUUAUUGUUGGUGUACUACGAAACGCAGAGAACGAAAAGAAUACGGUGAAGAGCGAAGGAAGGACGGAAAAGCACGUAUAAAAGUUUAUAAGGUCGCUGACAACGACGACGAUACCACCGGUCGCUGUAACGAUAGACGGCGGGUGGAAAAGAAGAGAGAAAGAUCGAGAGAGCGAGACAUCGAUAGAAGGACGGGGCUCGAGUGUAAGCGCGACGGUGAUAGAUUAAGUAUCGAGUGACAGGACGGACAGCCGGCCGGGACGAAGGAGCCAAUCUCGAAGUAGGUGGACGUGGAUACGGAGAGUGAAUCUCCGCGGCGAACCGCAGGACAGAAGAGACGGUGUUAUUUAGAUUGGAACGUCGAGGGUUUCGCACGCGAGAGAUAAACAACGGGCGCCGGUUGCGCUCGUAACCGCCUGGCCGUUCGGCUUCGGGGGAAGAGAGUACAGUGGUGUUCGGAUCCUUUCUUUAAAGCAAGAACAACAGAGAAGCAACAGAAGUGGAAGGGAAGAGCGAAGAGGGCGAGCCGCGCGUGUCUCUCUCGUGGUGUGUCAUGGGGUGUUUCGGCAGCCAGAGCAGCAAGGCCAGCCAGGAUGACAGUAAGAACCAGAAGAGGCGCUCGGAUGCCAUCACCAGGCAAUUGCAAAAGGACAAGCAGGUGUACCGAGCCACGCACAGGCUUCUUUUGCUCGGAGCGGGAGAAUCCGGGAAGAGCACGAUCGUCAAGCAGAUGAGGAUAUUGCACGUCAAUGGUUUCAGCGAAGCGGAAAAACGGCAAAAAAUCGAGGACAUCAAGAAGAACAUCAGGGACGCGAUAUUGACGAUAACCAGCGCGAUGAGCACGCUAACACCACCCGUCGUUCUGGAGGACCCGGCGAAUCAGAGCAGAGUCGACUAUGUCCUGGAUGUCUCGUCCUCCACAGACUUCGAUUAUCCCCCGGAGUUUUACGAAAUCGUCGAAACCCUUUGGAAGGAUCGGGGCGUUCAGCAGAGUUUCGAGAGGAGUAACGAGUACCAACUAAUCGACUGCGCCAAAUAUUUUCUAGAUAAGGUAGCCAUUGUUAAACAACCGGAUUACACCCCCACAGAACAGGACAUCCUCAGGUGUCGUGUCCUCACCUCCGGUAUCUUCGAGACGCGGUUUCAAGUCGACAAAGUAAACUUUCACAUGUUCGACGUCGGUGGCCAGAGGGAUGAGAGGAGAAAAUGGAUACAGUGCUUUAACGAUGUAACGGCAAUCAUAUUUGUAACGGCAUGUAGUAGUUAUAACAUGGUACUCAGGGAGGAUCCGACGAAGCUCAGACUCCGAGAGAGUCUCGAUCUCUUCAAAAGCAUUUGGAACAAUCGGUGGCUCCGCACAAUUUCCGUAAUCUUAUUUUUAAACAAACAGGACCUGUUGGCGGAAAAAAUCAAAGCAGGCAAGCACAAAUUAGAGGACUAUUUCCCAGAGUUCGCGCGUUACCAGACGCCGGUUGAGCCCGGCGUGGUCGCGGACUCAUCGGAACCCCCUGAUGUUAUAAGGGCCAAGUACUUCAUUAGGGACGAGUUUCUCCGUAUAAGUACAGCGAGCGGCGACGGCAAGCACUAUUGUUAUCCACACUUCACAUGCGCGGUCGACACGGAGAAUAUCAAGCGGGUGUUCAACGAUUGCCGGGACAUCAUUCAGCGGAUGCACUUGCGCCAGUACGAGCUCUUGUGACUUCGUUCCUGCCGACGUGUCCUGUCACCCGUUCGCAUCAGAAUCACGAUAGUGCUCCGUUUCGUCGAGCCGAUCAACCGUGCCGAGCGAGUCGUACCGUGGGCGAUCUGAAACACGUAUCGCGAUGUACGGCAAACGUGUACGGCGCGCGCGGAAUUCUUCCUCGCGUGCCCGGAGCAAGCUGAAUAUUGUAUUCAGAGAAAGAAAGAAAGAGUGAGAGAGAAUGAGAGAGAGAAAAAGAGAGGAACGCGUCGAAGAAUCCGCGUGGAGGAGGAAUAAGCGUGUACACGAUCGACGACACUGCCUGUCGAUCAUUAUAUUCUUCCUCGACGAAUGGCGUCUCGAGGAGGGAACGUUGAUACGCAGCCCAGGUCUCUGGGGGUUACGGGGGGUUAUAAAUAAUAUCUGUCUCGCAACGGAGAAUAGCGUCUCUCUUUUUGCACAGAAAUCGCUUAACCUAAUGUGUCAUUGGUGUACAAGCAAAUCUAAAGCCCUACCUGUCGCGCAUUCAAACUCUUGUUAACGAACUUCUUGUUUACGACACCAGACGAAAUUUCAUCUCGGGCGUAUACAUAUAUUUGUUGUUUUCUUCUUCUUUCAUCGGAAUCGCAAAACUCGACCACCACAACCCUCCACACCCCCCCCUCCCCUCUCCCCCCAAACCCUCUUUAUGUUCGACGAGAGUGUGCUGAACGUCGACGCCGGAGGAGGAAUCCACGUACCACGCACGAUGAUAUAUUACAUAUAUAUAAAUAUGGUUCGUCGCUGAGAAACACGUGCAAUUUUACCGAUUACCUCGUUAAUUUUAUUUUUAUUACGCAUCAAUUCGUUGAUAAGAGAAGGAACAAACGAAUGUUCGAACGUUUUUCGAGAGCCACACCGCGAGGAUCGUUACGUAGUAACGGGCCAUGCGGCGGGCUAAUUCGGGUACAAUGGCUGUUCCUCGAGUCCGGCACACUCGUCUGCGGUCUUUUGAUUGUCGUUCAGAUAUAGCGGUUAAGAACGUUUUCCUAAGACUUAGGCAAUUUUCUUCGAUAAAUGAUCCUUAUCGUUGAACGUUCCUUUACUGAUGUUUUCGAAUCUCUAAUGUUAUAUUUUCCUCGAACCCAACCCCGUCCCCCCCCCCAUUUCCUCCCUUCCCCUCUUUACCUAUUUAAUUACCGAUCUCCGUGUAUUUUUGCAAAUGAAUUAAUUUCCUCGACUUCCGAAUCUCGACUUUUAAAUCGCAUUGGCCCGACCCGUAGGAGUCUCAGCCGCACCUUUUUACAAGAAGAGUAUUUUGUGAGAUUUUACAGUAUUUCGAAGAGCGUUUUAAUUAUAUAACUAUGUAUCAAGUAUGUACAGGGUGACCGUCCACAGAUUCAUGUUUUUAUGUGCGUUUCCAGAUGGAUCGAGAUUCCUCACUGAAUAUCGUUUUUACCGAUUCUUCUUCGUUUCUCUUUUCCAUUUUUGAGAAUACGUUUAAUUCGUGUACUUAGGCACACACACACACACACACAAGCAGAACACGUACACACACACACACACGCACGCACAUACACAAAAAGAAACAAACAAAACACACUGUCGUUGUAGCAUAGUGUUUACGUAUGUAAAUCCUGAACUGUGCAAUAGCUGUGCCACGUUGAAAGAAAGAUAGAGAAAGAAUGAGAGAGUGACAAGAGAGAAAGAAGGAGAGAG